CGCUCGCUUUUGUUUUCCGGGUGACGCCGCUCUUCUCUUCCAAGCAGAGGAAAGUCAGGGGCUCGUGUGUCAACAUCCAGGGUUUCCCCGGGGAGGUGUAACGUUAACGUUAUUCCCCCAAAAAAAAGAAAAACGACGAAGAAAAAAAAAAAAAAAAAACCUGAUGUUCCUUUGAAGAAACCCUUUUUUUUUUAUUUAUUAUUUUUUGGUCGCGCCGUCCUCGGAGCCGGCGGAGUGUUUCUUUCUCCACCGCGAAGACCAGAAGAAGAUCUUCGGCUCCCGCUGCUUUCACGUCAGCUAACGUGGUUUUAAACGAUGACCGAGGACAAAGUGCGAGAAGCGUCUCCGAUCAUUUAAUAAUAUCUAAAAGGGGGGGGGGGCUGUUAGCUUAGCCAGCAGGCCCGGAGAUCGAUUAAACCAAAGGACGAGGGGGGGGACACACCUUGCUGACAUGAUGUUUCCUCAAUCAAGGCACUCGGCAUCCUCUCAGUCCAGUCAACCUCUCAAGUUCACUACUUCCGACUCCUGUGACCGCAUCAAGGAUGAGUUCCAGUUCCUCCAAGCACAGUACCACAGUUUGAAGUUGGAGUGUGACAAACUGGCCUCUGAAAAGUCAGAGAUGCAGCGUCACUAUAUCAUGUACUAUGAAAUGUCCUACGGGCUGAACAUUGAAAUGCACAAACAGGCUGAAAUAGUGAAGAGACUGAAUGGCAUCUGUGCUCAGGUGUUGCCUUACCUGUCACAAGAGCAUCAGCAGCAGGUCAUGGGCGCCAUCGAGAGAGCCAAGCAGGUCACGCCCCCUGAGAUGAACUCCAUUAUACGGCAACAGCUCCAGGUGCAGCACCUGUCCCAGCUGCAGGGUCUGGCCCUGCCGGUGGCCCCGCUGCCCCUGGGCCUCACCCCGCCCUCCCUGCCCGCCGUCUCCUCCAGCUCCGGCCUGCUCUCCCUCUCCUCCAUCCUGGCCAACUACUCCCACGGCCAGGCCCAGGCGGUGAAGGAGGACAAAGCUCGGGAAGCCGCGGAGCGAGCGCCCCGGGGGGGGGAGGACGGGGACAAGUCAGACUAGUGCAGACACAGCCAGGAGGUUUGGAGGGGGGAGGUGGGGGGGGGGGUGUCUAUUAAAAAAACAAACAAAUUAAAACAACUGUAAAUGGAGAUUGAUGUAAGUCUGGCUGCCUGUCUGCUGAGUGUUGAUGUAGAGGAGAGGACAGAUUUCUGGAUGCGCAGAGAACGAAACUGCUGAGUGGCUGAGAGUUAAAUGUUCUUAUUAUUUAGUGCUAAUAGACUCGGUUCAGGCUUCUAGACUUAAAAUAGAUCCUUCGUUUUUGUCUACGCCACUGUCGUCAGGCUUAGAGCUAACCGCCGUGUCCCUCACACAGAUCAUCUGCCUCUCGCUGGGUUACACUUCAUGAUUUUAUUUUUUUUAUUUUUUGUUGCUGUCCUCUUCGGUCCCUCAGUUUUUCCGCCAGUCAAAAGUUAGCAGUUGAGCAACAUCUCGGUCCUCUGCUCUCGUAACGGCGGCACCGUCUCGAUUAGUUUAAAAAAGGGAGCCCAUUAAUUUAUGUACUCUGAGCCAAAUUUAAUCCUAGUCUGAUAUUAAAUGGGAGGUUUUUAAAGGGACAUUUGCAUUCAAACAACUGACCCUUUUCACCAUUUUUGGUUUUUAGCAUUUUCAUACGACCAAACCACUGGAUGCAUUUACCUUCGAUGUGUACCUCAACCCCCCCUCCGAAUAAAUGAGAUUUUAUUCCAUUUAAAAUUUAAAAAAACUAUAGUUUGAGGUUGAAUGUGGUUUCAUAGGCCCGGGUCUGAUUGGCCAUUAACUCAUCUUUAAAUUGACAGGAAGUUAAGCUCUGGGAAAAGAAAAGAAAGAGAGAAAAAAGGACUUUUAUUUUGACAUGAUGUUUUCGUGACGAUAUGCUAAUUGGACAUCCCAAACGUGUGUGUGUGUGUGCGUCUCGAGUGCUGAAGAAAAGACUUGUUUGAUUUAACUUAAUUUUUUUUCUUAAAGCACCUUUUCUUUCCUGUAUUCCCCCCCCCACACACACACACACACACACACCCUGUACUGGUCUCUCUCUCUCUCUCUCUCUCUCUCUCUCUCUCUCUCUCUCUCUCUCUCUCUCUCUCUCUCUCUCUUCCCCCCCCCCCCCCCCCCCCCCCCCCCCCCCCACACACACACACACACACCCUGUACUGGUCUCUCUCUCUCUCUCUCUCUCUCCCUCUCUCCCUCUCUCCCCCCCCCCCCCCCCCCCCCCCCCCCCCCCCCCCCCCACACACACACACACACACACACACACACACACACACACACACACCCUGUACUGGUCUCUCUCUCUCUCUCUCUCUCUCUCUCUCCCUCCCCCCCCCCCCCCCGUACUGUUCCGCCCUUUAAACCGACCAAGACAACUUGAACAGGGUCUAAACUUCAGAACCAGACUGGAUCGAGUCCACCGUCUUGUUUUAACUCGUGUGUGAUCGCGACCCCCCCCCCCCCCCCCCCCUGGACUUUUCUGUGCAGAUGGAGAGUUAGUAAACAUGCAUUUUAAAACAACAACUAAACGUGGAUAUAGAAUGGAUUUAAAAAUCAGGAGAUUUAAGCCAAAGUGCUUCUCUGCUUGAUUCAGGAGCAUCUUUGCAGUCCUGCAAGUCACAUUUCAAACGUUUUGGUGUCUUGAAUGCUCGUAUGCUAAAUGCAUACUGUGUGUGUGUGGGGGGGGGGGUAUGGAAUUGGAGUGGGACGGUUCACAUGUUAGGCAGCAGGGGGCAGCAGUGCCGUGUUCAUGGUGGUCUUCAUCAUCGUCUUCAUCGUGGUCAUUUCCUGACUGUGGGGGGGGGGCGAGCGUCUGUCCACUGCAGGUGUUCCGGGAGCGUUAGCGUCAACUCUCCCUCUCCUGUAUUUUAUUUUGAAAGGCACUUAAGUUGCGGCUCAGUGCUCUUAGUUUCUUCUUCUUCCUGUCUGUGCUAGUGUCGGGGAGGCGACGGCGUUCCCCCUCCCCGGAGACCCGACCUUAACGUCUAGAGGGCCGGAGCGGAUCAGCGCCCCCCCGCCCCCCCCCCCCCCCCCCCCCCACGGCGCUCUAAACGCUGACGUCGGGUCUUUGUAGAAAAAAAAAAACCUCCUUUGGUGAAACUCAGACAUAUGAAUGGUAUGUGUGUUUGUUUUUUGCUGUGAAGGGCCAAUUUGUAUACAUAUGAAUAUAUCAAUAUACAUAUUUUUAAAGCAUUUUUGUAUGUUUCAAAGCUGCUUUUUAACGUGUGUGUGUGUGUGUGUGUGUGUGUAUCAUGGAGGACUUUGGUGUUGUAUGUGUGCAUUUACGAGCCUACAGUUAAAGAGAGGCACAAUGUCGUAUCCCAUGUCGUUGUUUUUCUUCUCCCAUUCUCUCCGUAGGCAGUAACACUUAAACUUUGUUUUCUAGGUUUGUAAAUGUUUUGAUUUUUUUUUUUUUCUCUUCUUCUUCUUCUUCUUCUUCAGUUUUAAUGUGUUUAUGAACACGGUCUCAUUUUAAGAUACCUGGGAUGAGAAUAAUAAUAAAAAAAUGUUUAAAAAAAAAAAAAAAUACAAAGAUGUAAACAAGCAACUGUGUACUCUAAUGAGAAUGAAUCAACCUUUUAGCAGUAAGGAAGCUUCUCUGGUGCCUUACAAAUAAAAGACGUGAUUGAGAGUG